AUGGUGAGCUGCCGCCUUCCUUUGCUUUGUGGGUGUUUGUCUUUACUUCUGAUCCUCGUCUACAGUGAGGAGUCAGUGGGAAUCAGGUCAGCCGAGGCUUCAGAUAACAGCCAAGAAGAAAAAGAGUUGAUUGAAGCUUUGCAAGAAGUUCUGGAAAAACUCAAGAGUAAACGGAUCCUCCCUCUGGACAAGAAAUUGGGAUGGGUGCCCUCGUGUGAUGCUGGUGAGCAGUGUGCCGUGAGGAAAGGGGCAAGGAUUGGAAAACUCUGCAACUGUCCAAGGGGAACAACCUGUAAUUUCUACAUCCUGAAAUGUUUGUGAGCGAGAGAGACCACAAUUUGAAGGAGAAAGAACUCAAGAAAGAAGAAGAGUAAUAAAGAUAAUUAGAGGCAGAGUGAGAAAUGAGACCUCAGUAAUGCUUUUGCUCUCUCUCUCUUUCUAUACUAAUUAACAUCAUUCAUCUUCAAAUAGAUUCUUAUUCCAAUAAAAGGGACAUUGUACUACAAAA